AUGACAGCUGUUGCCAAGCAACCGGCCGUCGACACACGCAAUGUGUGCAGGACGGAACUGUUGAGAUGCUCUGCACAGCAUUUGUAUACGGCUGUGGAUUAUGGAAGGAAUAACGUGCCAGUUCAAUUCCCCAGAGAUCUGUGGGUGUAUGCACACGCACGCCAUUGCAAUUACGUUCGCCUAAGGCGUGCCUGGGGGUUCUGGGCUUCUGAUGUGCACGUUGACAUGUUAACACGUGCCUGGGGUUUGCCUAUGCAGCCUUCGCCGCAUGGUGUGACACCAUGUUCCAUAUGUGAGCUGCGUGGGGAGUUUGAUACGCUGCUGCAUGUCUGUGUCAGUGUCAGUGUCAGUUUCAAUGUCAGUGUCAGUGUCAGGGCUGCUUUUGACACCUUUCCAGCCCUCCGCAGUGAUGGUGUGUACUGUGUCACUGUCUCAGCCCCUUUGUCAUGCGUGCGAUGACUGUACUAUCACAUCCAGCUGUACUUGACCGGCGUGGCUCGGCUUCAGACAUUUACCUACAAGCCAACGGCACUGAUUGGGUCGCGUACAGCGCUAUUCCCUCCUCUGUGGCAAAAUAAGUGUCUGCAUGGGUACGCAGGGGACGUGCAGCAUCUGUGACCUGUUGGUGGUAUCACAGGACUAUUCACUACACACCGAGCGUUAGACCGUUGGUAGUUAGAGCCCAUGUAGUACGGGACAAGCCUCUACUUCUUUAGGAUGAAGUAUGGAAAGAUUAACUUGCCCGUCAAGCUAUAGGCGAUACAGACGCUUGCGUGAUACCUGUAGGGGUCUAAGCGCUGCACUACACGCCGUCGCCAGCGUUAGUGUGUCCAAAGGUGUAGAAGACCAGUUUUAAUAAACCCAAGCUCUACGUAG